AUGCUGGAUGAAACCUCUAGCACUGUGGAGGAAGGACUUCCAGAGGUGACGCUAGGAAAGGAAGAGGACAUGGAGUCCCAGGAAGGUGGAAGCUGGAAGCUAGUAUCUUCUGGCAGCAAGAAGAAGUCAUCCCCACAUGCAGCGGUUUGCCUGGAGAACAGAUGUGGAGCAAUAGAGGAGGAGGAGCACAUUCCCACCGCGCCCGACGGGACAGCUCCGGCCGCGGCCGCCGGCCCCGAGGAGCUGCGCGGCGAGGUGCGGCACGUGACGCUCAGGAGGAGCAAGACCAACGAGGGCUUGGGCUUCAGCAUCCGCGGCGGGUCCGAGCACGGCGUGGGCAUCUACGUGUCCCUGGUGGAGCCGGGCUCCCUAGCCGAGAAGGAAGGGCUGAGGGUGGGCGACCAGAUCCUGACGGUCAACGACAAGCCGCUGGACAAGGUGACCCACGCCGAAGCGGUCAAGGCGCUGAAAGGCUGCAAGAAGUUGAACCUCUCUGUGCAUUCGGUUGGGCGAAUCCCAGGGGGCUAUGUCACCAAUCACAUCUAUUCCUGGGUGGAUCCCCAGGGCCGGAGCGUGUCCCCACCCACAGGCCUGCCACAGCACCAGAGCAGCUCUCUGCGGAAGGACAGCGAGAAGAGGAGCCACCUCCAGCUCCUGCAAGAGGGGGAUGAGAAAAAGGUGAACCUGGUGCUGAACGAAGGGAAAUCCCUGGGUCUCAUGAUCCGAGGAGGAGCAGAAUAUUCUCUGGGCAUUUACAUCACUGGCGUGGAUAAAGGCUCCGAAGCAGAAAGCACCGGCUUGAAGGUGGGAGACCAAAUCCUUGAGGUGAAUGGCAGAAGCUUCCUUAACAUUCCCCAUGAUGAGGCAGUGAAGCUCCUGAAGUCAUCACGGCACCUCAUCAUGACUGUGAAAGAUGUUGGGAGGCUGCCUCAUGCCCGCACCACUGUAGAUGAGACCAGGUGGAUAGCCAGUUCCCAAAUCGGAGAGACCUUGGUGAAUUCAACAGGGAUGGCUGGUGAUCACACAGCAGAGGUUUCGGCAAAGCCCAUGUUUUACAGGGGCCUGGCUGGUUCGCAGGUCACCCUGAGCAGCAUGGUGAACCAGACCCGAGUCAUGCUAGAGGAGCAAGCACGGCAUCUACUGAAUGAACAAGAGAGGGCGACCAUGGGCUACUACCUGGACGAGUACAAGGAAAACAACAUCUCUGUGGACUCCCUAGUCAUGGCCCUCUUUGAGUUACUCAAUACACAUGCCAAGUUCUCGCUGCUGUCAGAGGUGAGGGGUGUGAUAUCCCCUCAGGACCUGGAUCGCUUUGAUAACCUGGUUCUGAAGCGGGAGAUUGAAUCCAUGAAGGCCCGGCAGCCCUCUGGCGCUGACUCCUACUCCAUGAUGUCCUACAGUGACACAAUCUCCUCCACCGGCAGCCACUUCACCUCCACCACAGUCAGCUCCGCUCGGGAGCGGCUCUUGUGGCUAAUAGACCUGAUGGAGAAUACAUCAGACCUGGAAGGAAGUGGAGACGGGGUCCAGAGCAGCAUCAAUGCCCUGCCAGACAUUUCCCUGGAUGAUGUUUCGUCUUUCCCUGAGGAACCACCCAACUUCAAGCCCCCGCCUCCACCAGUUCCUCAAGCACUGGAUUCUUCUACAGCCCAGCAAAGAAACGCAGCGAAAGAGAAGCUCAAGCGGCCUUCCUCUGAUUCUUCUCAGUCAGGCCUCUUCUUUAUGGCCCCCCGAAACCCAACUCCUUCUCCCAGCCACUCUGAAAAGGAUGCAGCCAGCUUGGCUUCCUCUGGGGCCACAUCAUCAACCGAAGAUUCGUCCCUGAGCGCCAUCUACGCCACCAUUUCUUCUGCCACUGCCAGCUCCAGGAGGCAAAUGGACGCCCGUUUGUCCUUGGUCAACCAGCACCCAAUAGGUCCCUUCCCUAGAGUUCAGUCUCCAGCCAGGUUGAAGAGCCCGUCUCCCGAAAGCCGUCCUGCCAACAGCACUUCCCCUCCUCCUCCACCAUCACACCCAGCCCCUCCUCCUCCAGACAAGGGCAGCCCACAGUCUGCAGCCAACCAGCACUUCAUCAUGGUGGAGGUGCAUCGACCCAACAGCGAGCCAGAUGUGAAUGAAGUGAGAUCCCUGCCCCAAGCCAGAGCCUCCACACUCUCCCAGCUGUCAGACAGCGGACAGACACUCAGCGAGGACAGCGGCGUGGAUAUUGGUGAGGUCGAGGCCAGUGGCAAGGACAGGGGAAGGCAGCAGGUCUCUGUGAAAAGCCGAAGCCCCAAGGAGGCACCAAGGAGUGAUGGGACAGCAGAAGGGACCUCUAAACCGCCCGGCCUCCGUGAGCCCACAUCGUGUCUGAUUCGAGUGGCAAAGAGCGCGCCCACCUUGGGGAUCGCCAUCGAGGGUGGAGCCAACACCCGGCAGCCUCUGCCCCGGAUAGUCACCAUACAGCGAGGAGGCUCUGCCCAUAACUGUGGGAAGCUGAAGGUGGGUCACGUGAUCCUGGAGGUAAAUGGCACGACACUGCAUGGGAAGGAGCACCGGGAAGCUGCCCGCAUCAUUGCUGAGGCCUUUAAGACGAAGGAAAAGGACCACAUUGACUUCCUGGUCACAGAGUUCAACAUGGCACUUUAAGGGGCUCCGGCACCCCCUCCCCACCAAGCUGACCAGGCAGCAGCAUGAGGGAGCCAAGUGGAGAAUCGGGGUCUCGGGGGCACAGACAGGCGUGUUAGUACGUGUGCCCACAUGCAACAGCACAGCACCAGACUCCCCCACAGAGCGGCACCGCGCCCCCAAGCCCCCCAUCCCCACCGCCAGCACACGCAUCCCCUGGGCCAAGAGCAGGGGUGCUCAGCCCAGAAUGCACUGGGCCUGAGACUGAUGGAGAUGGCCUUUAGACCAACACAGCAGUGAGAGAAGGAGCAGGCGGGAAGGCAGAGAGGCCAACUCCGGCUGCUUGCUGCCUGCUCUGGUCCCUCUGGGCAUUGAGCCUCAUUGGGUCACUUUCCCAGUUUAAGCCAUAUUCCAGAUGUCUCUCCCUGCCCGUCCUCCCCGGGGACAGGCAGUGGGGGUAUCCACACCCUAAGAGCUCACCCACCUUCGGCUGUCCCAGCAGCUCUGUGAGUGCAUCCACCCCCUCUUUUAUUCCCCCAUAGAGCUGCCUUCCCUUUGCACACAGCAAAUCCCCACCUGGUAGACUGGAUACAGGUUGAAGGGGGAGGGACCUAUUUUUUGCCCCGCUCCCUUCCCAGCCCCUCAGCUGGGUGACCUGCAGAAAUCUUAGUGCCACACAUGCUGUGCAGGGAGUCCCCUGGCAUCACAGUGGGGAAAUAUCUUUGUGGAUCUUUUGGGUUGUUCACUCAUGGGUCUGUCCUCUGUGGCUGGGUGGCAGGGACAUGGCAGGAGCCCAGUCAAGGUGCUGAGCCCUAUGCCCCACCAUGUACAGACAGUAACAGAUGCCUUGUAAAUUGCUGGCGACAUCAUUGUAUUUAUAUAUAUAUAUAAAGAGCUUGUGCUUUUAAUUUUUCAAUAAAUCAAACAGGUUAGAAAA